AUGACAACCAAGAAUACCACUGAAGAGGUCAGCGACGCGGUCGCGAUCGCUGUAGGCAUCUUAACAUCAUCAACUCCAAAUUUUGUCGUUCCCGUCGAUACUGCUACUAUUUCUGCCUCGGCUGGGAGUACGCUCGUCUCGAGUGAGGGUUCCAUAUCUCAACCAUCAACGUACUCAUUCCCAUCUCCUAACGUCCUUGUACUGACUACCUUCUCGACGACAACUAUUCCAUACGGGAAUCCCACUGUUCCAGUCACUGCUGGAUCGCUAGCUCCUGCGACGACUGAUCCGAUCAUACCCGUCUCGGUGUCUACUUCCCUACCCUAUGACAUUUCUACAGUGUUCGUGGCACCCUCGAGCACUAUACAUAUUGCCCCCCUUUCCACAAUAUCACCUCCGACCACUAUCUCAUCUACUAGUCCUCUUCUACCCAUUUCCUCAAUACCAACGACGAUUUCGACCCCAUUACCACUAGCCAUAAUUCCCACCACCUUAACAUCAUUGUCCUCCUCUCCAUCAUCGACACAGGUACCGCUAACAAACGAUCCCGCUGCUGGCACCUCAACUACACCCCGUCCCACUACUUCCAGCCACUCUUCAUCCAGUCACGUCGGGGUUUACGUCGGUGCCGCGGUCGGCGGUGCCAUUCUUUUCCUGCUCCUCCUCAUCGCCAUCAUAUGUCUCUCCCGCCGCCGCAGACGCAAACAUCCCAAGCACCACCCCGACCGCCCAGCUUUCAUCGGCGGCUACGAGCUCAAAUUGGACAAGGUUGGAGAGUUGCAACGGGUUGUCCACGAGAAGAGAGUUCGGAGACAUACAUUUGAGGCAUGGAAAAGAGGAGUUGUGCCCGAUAUCGAUCCGGAUGAUGUAGCGGGGAAAAGCGAAUUCAAUGUCACCAGCGGAAGUCCCCCAGCCGGAGAUUCGAAUUCGUUGGUGGAUGUCGCGGAAGAUGUGCCGAAUGAAAAUUACGAAGCAGGAGGAUUGAUUGGGGAUGAUGAUGCGGAUUAUGUGGUCUCGCCAAUCGAGGAGGAGCAGAAGACCGAAAGACCGAUAUCGGGUAUUACACCUUUGAUAUUUCAAUGGGAACAGAGAGCAAGUCAGAAAGGAAAGCCAGCAACCGGCAUGAUUGGACAGGCAUUAUAG